AUGGAGAGCGACGCGCCACCGCCGCGCGCUUUCAACGCGCAGUCGCUCUCUGCGCGAUGGGACCGACGCACGCAGUCGGCUCCACGUGAUCGAGACGAGACGCUGCAACUGCCGCCUCCGGUCGCUGGCGGCGUAUCGGCGCCAGCGCCUGCGCGUCAGGCGACUGCAGGCGUCGCCACACGCGGCUGGCGACCAGGACAAGGGGGUGGACGCCUCAAUUCUCCAUUGUACGGCCAGCACCGCAAGCGUCCGUCUUCUAUGGACAGUAACGUGAGCUGGAGUGGCAGUGAGAUUGAUUCGCUGGGUGCGGUUGGCGCAGCGCACAGCGACCAGGAGCAGGUGUCGAGACUUAGCUGGGCCUCGUCCGUGGUGACGAGGGACAGCCUGCCGGACACAGAGCAGCUGAACGCGAUGCCAGCUGCGUCGACGCUCUUUGGUAGAUCGGCAGUGGAGCAGUCACGCGGUGUUGCUGGUCAGGAGCAGACGUUUGGCAGUGGAAAUGGAGUCGGCGUCCAGUCGCCCAGGACAGCGCGGGACAGUAUUGCUGUGAUGGACAAUCGUAGUGAGAAGAAAGCGACUCAGCCCGUGCGCGUCGAGGUGCCAGUGCAGCAAACGAAAGGACCUGCAGGUCCUCGUACGUCGGGCUCGGAGAAUGUUCAUGUGACUCCUCCUCCAUCUUCUUCUUCGUCUUCAGUGUACGAUGAGGAAAAGAACGGCCCACAGUCAUGUCCCUCGACAUUUGCCGAUACGAGGGUGCCCCAUUUUUCGAUCGAGAAGCUGCGUCAAAUGCGCGGUACAGAGUUGGUUGCGUCCACGCUGCUGCCCACGCGCGCAAGUGUGAAUAGCCUCAUGGGGUACGUGCGGGAGCUGCAGCUAUCGGAAGCGACGUUGCGCAAGCAGCUCGUGAAGAAUAAGCAGCAUACCGAAGAGGAGCUGUCCAUGUCGCUGUCGAAAGUGGGUGCAUUGGAGCGCACGAUGCAGGAAAUUGAGCGGGACCGCGAGCUUGCUCGGCAAAAAGUAGAGGAACAGGAACGGCUUAUUCGCGAUCUCGCAGCCAAACUAAGGCAAGCAGAGGCUGCUAUGUCGGCUUCGUCCAAUGUGGACGGGCUGUCGUCCAUUGCCGAAGAAGCGGGCCCUCGGGUAGAAGGUGCAGCAGGAACUGGGACAGGUGUGCCGAACGUGGUCGAUGCAACUGUCGACACAACAGUCGUCUCGCCGCCGACCCGCGAUGCACCCACUCAGCACGAGAUGCCACAAGAACAAUCGUCGUCGACCCCUGUUCAACCAGACCAGACCAAUGUGACCCAUCGACCUGUUCAGUUCGCAUCACCUUCUCGAUCACCGGAGCGACCACUAUGGGACCCGUGGGCGUCGGAAGGUGUAGCUGCUGUGACGAACCAUCCUCCUGUGUUUACCAUUGGGUCCACAGAAUUCGAUCCGGUGGUGUCAUCGUCCACCCCAAUUGCUCAUUCGUCGAUGAAUAGCUCGGCAACGAGUGCACAUGGACAGUAUGAGCUCAAGUCAGUACUCGCGUCUCCGCGCCGGGUAACGCCAGAGGCGCAAAACGCUGCGCAUAGUUUGCAGAGCGAAAACGAGAUUUCUCGUAUGGAACUCCCUUCGCGGGCCCUUCCAGAUACUUUCGCUGCCGUGACGCCUCCAGGCAUGGGCGACUUGCUGGAGCAAAAGGAUGGUACGAGCAUUUCACCGGAUGGCUAUGCGACAUACACCGGUGGCACAGGGUUUGACACAUUCCAAGGCCAACCAGAACGACGCUCGUCUGUAAGUUCGGCAGCUCCACCUACGAGAUUUGAAGGUGGAACCAACGAAGACGUGGCAGCGCUUUCUUCAUUGAAUCCUGCCGAGUUCACAACCUCUAUGCCGCCGUUGCAGCCUCCAGUAGAGCACGCUCAGUCUCCGCUAGAGCCGUCUUCAGGCACUCGUAUGGACACGCAAGUAACUGCGCCAGAGCAAGGAUUCACGAUUGGCGCAGAAAACGCUUUUGGCGUUUCCAGUGUCCCGCCAUCGAGCGUUCCUCCUGCCUCACCUUCUUUCGCGAACAAGAGCGAGGUGGCUGAUACCACUUCGUUCAUGCAACACGAUAGUUCGGCUGCGCCUACCGAGCCUGUGUCGCUGGAAACGUUGCUUGUCGACUUCUUCACGGAAGUUGACAACAAACGACUGAAGAUGGCGAAGGUGUACGGAAAGCGGUACGCAGGCCGCGAGAAGUGGCUGUUCGCUGAGUUAACGAAGCGAUACGGUGCGGCGAAGGUGGCAGUGCUGAAGGCUCGAUUUAACACUGGAAGCGGUGGUGGUGGCGAUGUGUCUGCUGAUACCAGCCGCACCGAUAGUGCGGAGGCUCAACACGCGACGAGGCCGCCUGAUGCCCCAAAUCAUGCGGAACAGGGACGUCGAGGUCACCCACAACAUACACAGUUCUUCCAUCCUCCUGCACCUGAUGGAAACGUGGAGUCCGCCACCGGUGCAGGUCCGCCUUCGAUGUCCGCUCCGAUUGCUGAUCCUCACGAGAUGGACGCGUCGCGCCUUCAGAGUCGACAGGUUGCGCCAGAGGUUGAGACCCCUCCGAGUCCGAGCGAAAGCCUUUCUGCGGGUACUUUUUCGUCUCAGCAGCGUCAUUCUGGAGGCGACAUGCCGCCUCCAUCUGGCCCUUACAGCUCGUUCCCGAACUCGCAAGAGACAAGUGGAGAAGUAAGUGCAGCUGUUGCAGGUGGCAAGGCUGGCUCCGCAUUCAAACGUGGCCCCUUUCCCAUGUCCCAACGUCGUGCAGAGCCAUUCAGUCAUCGGCCGUUUCCUCCUCAGACGGAAACGGAGAGCAGCGGUGCUGCAUCGUUGGGUCUUCGCCAGCGUCGCCAGGCGUCUGUUUCCAGCCAGGAUGGUAGUGGUGAUGCCGAACCUCCUGUUGUGACCUUGGAAAGUUUGCUGAACGAGCUGUAUAAGAAUCACCAGCCUGAUAAGCUGAAGAAUGUUCCUGCUGUCGCAAAGCAGUACGCAGGCAAGGAGCGUGAGCUUGUUGCGUUGCUGAAGGGGAAGUACGGAGCUCUGAGUGUGAAACGGCUGGAAGAAAGUCUGGACGUGCUGGAGCGCGCACACCUUGCUCGUUUGAGCAGUAAGGCUACUGGAAAGCGGCGCGGCUGUUUCGUUCGUACCGUCUCGCUGGUGUUUUGGCUCUCGCUGCUGCUAUAUUUCUCGUCCGGCGUUGUUUUUGUCAGCUUUAUCGUAUUGGAUGCGUGGGAGUGUCAUUCUCUAGACAGUGAGGAGCAAGAGUUGGAAGGUGCUGAGGAGUGUUCUGUGCUGAAGAAGGAGCUGGAGACUUUUACGUACGAGCGCGUUGCGGACUACAUGGGUCAGUCACACCCGGACGCCUGCUUUUGCUCAGAGUGGAAGGCGCGCGAAAGUGCGUUGUUUGCCAAUUAUUCAGUCGAAGAUGCUGUCAAUUUGGCGAGAAUGGUUCCGUUCUCGCCUGGUUCUUUCGGGGCACCGUGGGUCGCGACUGUGAAGGCACAAGUGCCCUCGCAAGAGUUUGUUGACAGCUAUGUCAAGCCCGUGGUGGACUUGUCAUUGGAUGUCGGUUCAUUCGUGUGGACGUCCGUCCUUGAGUUGGCAGAGUCAGGCAUGACUUCGGAGGAGUUGCCGGUCGUGGAACAUGACGUCGACCAUGGUUACGGUGACGCUUCAUCCUUGGAUGAAGACGGCGACACCGAUGAGCACGCAGACUCACACCAGCAGAAUGCUGAGGCAGACAUCGACGAUCUUGUCGGCAACGAUGAUGCGGAUACCUUAUCGAUGGAAGAGGAAGAGGAGCUGGUUGAGGACCAACCACUUGCGGUGACGCCUGGUGUGUUGGAUCAAGUUUUUGUCGAGGAGAUCAGCGACGUGCUUGACGAGAAGCCUGAAAUCGAGGAGCUCGACACACGUGUAGCAGAGGCUGUGUUGGCGGAGGACGAGGAAGUCAUGUCCGAUAUGGCUGACGAGAUCGACACUACUGCGCCGGACGGUGUGCUGGUGGAGAGCGAGGAUGGCAUUCCCGCUGUGGGUGACGUGACGACCAUUACUGGAGAGAGCUUGCCAUCAGAAACGAAGAGAGAUGAGCAGGCCGCAAAAGAGUCAACCGACAUGCUGGAGGUGGACGACACCUUGUCAUUGGAGAUGGCUGGGUCGAUUGAUGCUAGCGAGCAGGCGGCAAGCGAUGAGAUUGAAGCAAGGGCUGAUGUAGAGGCUACUUCGGGCGGCGUUGUGAACAACUUGGCUGAAGAUGACGAGUCUGUUGGUGACGCCGAUGGCGAAUCUGCCGAGACCGAAGUAGCAGAUGCAGCUAUCACCGAGUCUACUGGUGGUAUUGAUGACGCGUCUGAAACUGAGAUCGCAGUAUUGGAUGACGCGGCUGAUAACGUUGCCGUUACUACUGCUGAAGGAGCACCCGAGGUCGCAGUAGAAGGCAACGUUGAGACGUCAACUGACGAUUCUGUGGCCGAAGCGGAGAGAGUCGUGGAGGUGGAAGUGCAUCAGGAGGGUCUAGACUUGUUGUACCCCGAGAGAGAGUCGACAGAAGAGGCUGACACUGCGUCCGGUGAGGUGUCCGAUUCAUCGAUGCAUGUGGACCUCCUGCCUUCGCUCGCCAGCGGUGACGCGUCGUCUAUUUCGAGUGAAGAAACGGCGUUCGUAUUACCUGAGACGAGUACUGCCGACGAGGGAUCCGCUACGCACACCAGCAGCGGCGCUGAUGCUGAUGCUGAUGUGACGAAUGUGGAGCCGGACGUUGGCGUAGAAAGUGAUGCGCUCGAAGCAAAUGGGGGACAUAGUGACGAGGAGACGAUCGAAGUCUCACAAACGGAGCAUCAAGCUGAGCUGAGCUCGGAACUCGAGUUCGUCACACACGACGACGAUUCGUCGAUUCCUGUUGACGUCGACGAGUUGGAGCUAGCGUCAGGUGUCGAGGAAGAUGCGCCGGGUUCGCUUCACGAGGAACCGGAGCCGGAUACUGACGAGAACGGGCUGGCUGACGAUAUCGAUGCUGAAGUUGAAGUCGAUGCAAUGCCUGAGGACGGAGAGGUCACUCCAUUCGAAGGCGACGGUGGUGGCAGUUUGACACACUCUCAGACCGAGAAAGGUUCUGACUCGGAUGGCGUGACUGCAGCAGAAGUUUUGCCAGCGGACGCCACAGCAUAUUUGUCGGACGACAGGUCCUUGUCGAUCGAAAGUGAUAACGAAGAGCUGGCCGCUUCUGCUGUAGUGGGGGAACUUCCGUCAGCCGAUGACGAUGGGCGUGUGGUUGAAACGAAUGAAGUAGACGAUGACGAUCCCACCGUUCUCGAUGAGGGGCAGGAAGACAGCGAGUCGAAGAUUGAGGACGACACUGCGAGUGUGGACGAGGAUGUCGUGGCGCAGGACUUAUCGGAACACGCUGAGCACGAAGAUUUUGGCUUGGUCGAAGACAGUGGAGAAUCUUUGGCGGCUGCAGCAGAGUCCGAUGCAACUACUGACGAAUACGCUUCGACGUCUGAGGCGAAAGUAGAGAACUUCGACGAGGCUACGGACGAGAUGGAUGAGGCGGGCAACGAAGAUACCGAAGCCACUGCUGACCGCGAUAUCGAAGCGGAAGAGUUUGCGCCAGAGCCUGGCCUAGUUAGCGAGCUCGGCGAGGAAUCGAUGGUGGCUGAAGGUGUAGACGUGAUGGAUGAUGUUGAAGUGGUGUCUGCUGAGCAUGGCAUGGAAGUGGACGAACAGGUCGAGAUCGACGAGACUGCCAGUGUUGGUGCAGCCGAAGGCUUGGACGAUCCAAUUGCUGCUGAGACGGCAGGACACGAUGACAUGGCAGAGGGCGUAGUCGCGUAUGUUGCAGAGACUGAAGGAUCGCCUCCUGUUGAUGAGGUCGACCCUCUUUCUGAUGAUGAAGAAGUGAACGUGGUGACUACUGAUGGAGAUUCCGUGGCGGGCGACGAAGCAGUGGCGGCUGAAGUAGCCUCAAUUACCGCUGACUCGGAUGAUGCGACUGAUGCAACUGACGAGGCGCCGCAUGCGGAUACGCGCGUACAUGUCGAUGACGAGACAACUGAGUCCGUAGUGGACGAAUCGUCAGCCCCUGUUAGCGCAGAGGAGACAGACAGCAGUCUCACGUCUGCUAUGAACGAGGUCCUUGCUAAACUUGUGGAGCCUUUUACAGCAGCCAAGACAGAUGCGGAUGUUGCGACGACUGGCAGCGAGCAUCGAGUCGACGAGCUUUGA